AUGCCAUGUCCACAUGCAUUGGCUGUAACAACUAAACGGGAUCCGUACGAUUAUUAUUCGUACUUCUACACCCGUGAAGCGUACAUGAAUGCGUACCAAUACACAGUAUACCCAGUGGGGAAUCCAAAUGAGUGGAUUGUGCCACUGAAAGUUGAAGACGUAAUUGUCCUGAUACCUAAUCAGAAAAUGAGCUCUGGCAGACCUGCUGAAAAGAGGAGAAGAUCGUGCAUUGAUGGGAAACAAAUGGUGAAAUGUGGACGUUGUGAAAGUAGUGGUCACAAUCACAGGACAUGCAACAACCUGCUUCCAUUAACGAAAAAAUAA